CUUUCCCUUAUUUUUUUCAUGAGCUACCUGAAAGAUCAAAAUCUCGACAACAACCCUGAGAAUAUCACUGGCUGAACCUCUGGAGCUUGCAAGUUGGAGCCAAACAGUAUGCUAAUGAUCUCCAAGGACUCAGGAUUCCUGUUGCCUAGUGACAAAGUUGCCCAGCCUGGAGAAGAACAGAAUAGCCUGCAACAUUAACAGGGAAAUCCAGAUGGCCUGCUAGUCAGUUUGCGGUGAUCUGCUGAAGUCCCUAUUGACUGAGUUUGAGGCCUAGACUCAACCACCCGUUUCAUACGUCCGUCUCUUCUCUCCAAACACUGGUCACUUAUCAGAGACACCUCAAAUUUCAUCUUUAGGCCAGAAAAAUGGCCAAAAAAGCCAAGGGCCCCAAGGGGAAAAAAAUCACCCUCAAGACCGCCAAAAACUGUAUCAAGGUGACAUUCGAUGGGCGACGGCGCCUGGACUUGAGCAAGAUGGGCAUCACGACCUUCCCCAAGUGCAUCCUGAAGCUCAGUGACGUGGAGGAGAUCGAUCUCAGCAGGAACCUGAUCAAGAAGAUCCCAGAGUCCAUCUCGAAGUUCCAGAACCUGCGCUGGCUGGACCUCCACAGCAACCUCAUCGACAAGCUUCCGGACACCAUCGGCCAACUCCCCAGCCUGCACUACCUCAACCUCUGCAACAACAAGCUGACCUCCAACGGGCUGCCCUUGGAGCUCAACCAGCUGAAAAAUCUGCGCACCCUGAACCUCGGCCUUAACCACAUAGACAAUAUCCCCACCACCCUCGGAGCCCUGAAGGAGCUCCACGAGCUGGGCCUCUUCGAUAACCUCCUGACCACCAUCCCCACCAGCAUCUCCAAGCUCCCCAAGCUCAAGAAGCUGAACGUGAAACGGAACCCCUUCCCCCGGCCGGAAGACGACGUGACCUUCAUCGACACCAUCAAGCGGCUGGAGUCCCUGUACCUGGUGGAUGAGAAGGAUCUGUGCAACCCCUGCUUGAAGAAGUGCUUCGACACCCAGGACAGGCUGAACAAGUUGAAGAACUCCAUCCCCGUCUCGCUGAGGAAACCCAACUUCACUAAUCUGGUGACGCCCAACUCCUCCGCCAAGGAGACGCAGGGGGAAUGGAGGUGAAGGGAAAGUCUCGCGUUGGAGGAGGGCAGGACCGGGGAGAGGAUGGAGAAAGGGCGAACGGUUCUCGGAGGCUUGGGUGAACCUGCAGCGAGAUUCCACCUGGUCUUGUAGCUUUCCACGGGAGCUCAUAAAACGGUUUUCUCUGACUCAGUUUCA